GUUCGACUGCACGCCCCAGCCGGCAGCCUGCUGCCCCGACUGGAUGGCGAGACUCCCCGAUGCCCUGCCUCUCUCCCGCCUCUCCAUCCCUGGCACCCACGACUCCCUCAGCCUGUUCGGCGGCCGGCGCCUGCGGUGCCAGAGCUGGGGCCUGGAGGCUCAGCUGGCAGCCGGCAUCCGCUUCCUGGACGUGCGCUGCAAGCUGGCGCGGGGCGAGCUCCAUGUCUACCACCUCUGCACCUUCCAGCGGGCCAGCCUGCGGGGGGUCCUGCGCCGCACCCUGCGCUUCCUCCGCGCCCACCCCGGCGAGGCCGUGCUUAUGCGCAUCAAGGAGGAGCUGCCCAUCUUCCCCCGGCCUGGCUUCGCCGCCCGGCUCCACCGCUGCUUGCUGGAGGAGGGACGGGGCCACGUGUGGUGCCGGGAGGAGGUGCCGACGCUGGGGCAGGUGCGGGGGAAGAUCGUGGUGCUGGAGGCGCUGGCGCGGGAGGUGCUGGGCAUUCCCUACGAGCAGCUGAGCAUCAGCGACGCCUGGAACGUGCUCUCGCUGAAGCGUAAGUGGGUCCGGGCGCGGCGGCACCUGGAGAGGGCGGCCGGCGGGGACCCCGCCACCAUGCACCUCACCUUCUGCUCUGGUAACGGGCUCUUCACCUGCCCCGAGGAGGUGGCCCGCUUUGUGAACCCCCGCUGCUACCAGCACCUGCGGCGCCGGGGGGGGCAGCCCGUGCGCUGGGGGGUGGUCAUCAUGGACUUCCCUGGAGCAGGGCUCCUCCAGCUCAUUGUGGAGAGCAACGCCCCACGGGCCGGCGGGCACUCGACGGUGGCCCCUGGCACCCCCACGGCAUCCUUACAGCACCCCCGUGGCAGAGGGGAUGGGCGUCGCAGCCGGCACAGCUCCGCUCACUGCCCGCGCCGGCGUCCAUCGGGACGGACGCUGCUCCCGGCCCCACGCCUCUGCCGAAGGACGUCAGCUCCCGUAGAGCGAAAGCGGGUUUCUAGCUCUUGCUGGGCGCCGGGAAGUCUUCGCGUGACAACGGUGUGACAGCAGCGGAGGCAGCAGAGGAGGGUUGGUGGCUGCGGUUGGAGCCAGGCAGCCCGGGCAGCUGCCCGCUGCUCUCCCCUGAGGAGCCAGGGGCUUGCCCCAAAAGUCAGGACUGUUAGAGAGAGGCAGCUUCAGCAGGCGCCGCUGACCCUGUGCACAGAGAGUUGGAUGGUCACGGCAGCGGCAAUUCAGAUGGGGCUACCCCGUCCCCGGGGUCGCACACCCAGGGGAUGCUGCGCAGGGCAAAGCCCGGUGGUUUGCAACAGCGCGGGCAGCAUGGACACGGCAGUUUGUAGAUCCACAAAAGCAAAGUGGUUGAGACGUAAGAAAGACCUUAAAACGUACGCUGUGCCAGAGCCUGCUCUACCUGCGGAAAAUAAAUCAGCAAUUUAAAUAGUCGCAGUGCACAGUAGCUCUUUGAAGCAGAGAGAUAACCGAGACCCCAGGGGAGAAAGCAUCAAACUGCUGGCUGCACUGAAGCAGAGAUGUGAGAAGGAGAAGAAGAAAGCUCAGCCCUGGCCUGCCAAAAGGUGAAGAGCGUCCUCAAGGAUGCCUCUGUCUCGAGGGAAAAUGCAGCUGGGCUCAGUGCCUGCCGGAGGGGAUGCCGCAGGAUUUCCUGGCUGGAGGAGAGACAUUGUUUGCUCCAUGGGAGCUGGCCCUGGCUGGAGACACCGCUCUUGGGGCUGGCUGAGUUUGUUCAUGCACUGGCUCCGGGCAGGCUGCGGCAGCUCUGCUUGGGGAGCAGAGGAGGACAGAGCCCAUGCUGCAAAGAGCAGGAUGGGAGGGGAGCAGGCAAUAGCCCACAGGGGGUGAUGGAGGUGACGAAGAGAGGAAUCUGUCUCUGGGCUUGCUUUGUGAGACGGGAGAAGAUUGAAAUCUCUGCAUUAAACCAGACACGAGACAGAAGCACUGGUGUUGUCCAGGGUGCCAGGUGGCCUGCUCCAUCGGCUGCCAAUGCCUCCACCACCUGGGCUGCCCCCCACGCCAAGCCAGCGUGACAGCUCUAGGGAUAAUUCUUGUGCUGGGAAGACAGGUGCCUUCGGGGGGCAGGCUGUGUGGGUCGGUGGCGUGUCCCAGCCUUCCAGGGAUGCACAGUGCUGUGGGGAGCCGGGCAGGGUGCAGGCAGAGCAAUAGCAGUUCCCAGGAGCAGCCCUGCAGGCUGGGUGGUUCUGCUCUUGCUUAGGGUAAGGGAUGGCUACGGGGCUGUCCCUGGAUGCAGCACAUCCCUGGAGCUGCACCCCAGCACUCCAUACGCACCUUGUGCCCUGGCUCGCUGGCAGGGCAGAGGCGCUGCUUGGGAUUCCCAGGGAGGGCAGAGCCGCUUGUUUACUGCCUACCACACAAGCGGUGAGAUAACUUCAGCGUUAUCUGCACCCCCGGCAUCCUGCUUGGCGAACCCUUAUCUGUGCCACGCACAUGUUGCUGCUGCCAGGCGCCAGGGAGCCAGCAGGCAGUGCGGGCAGGGGUACCCAGCUGGCAGCGGUGCCCGGUGAAAAGGCUCUCC